AUGGACGAUGGACUGAAGUCAGUGGAAAAUGUUGAACAAGCCAUUCAACUGGUGAAGGAGCUAAAGGCCUUGUGCAAAGAAGGAGGCUUCAACCUCACCAAGUGGUCUAGCAAUGAACGAGAAGUUUUGAGAGAGAUUCCCCUGGAUGAUCGAGCUAAAGAACUGAUGGACUUGGAUCUGGAAUCAUCGCAGCUUCCUACAGAGAGAACACUAGGUGUGUUGUGGAAUGCAGAGACGGAUGAGUUCCAAUUCAAGUGUCAAAUCAAGAAGACAGAGGUGACAAGAAGGUCAAUGCUGUCUGAAGUCAGCUCGAUUUAUGAUCCGUUGGGUUUUAUAGCUCCACUCCUCAUUCCAGCAAAGAGUGUGCUUCAAGAGAUGUGCAAACAAGAAGCUGGAUGGGACGAUGAACCAAGUGAUAACAUACAUGGCAAGUGGCAGAUGUGGAAAACAAGCAUGCAAGAUUUGGAAGAAGUAAGAAUUUCCCGAUGCUAUGUACCAGCUGAAUUCGGAAACGUGACAUACAGAGAGCUGCAUGCUUUCGCUGAUGCAAGUGAAAUUGGAUAUGGUUGUGUUAUCUACCUCAGACAAAUCAACUCAAGUGAAAAUAUAUACUGUUCAUUUGUGUUCGCGAAGGCAAGAGUAACUCCUUUGAAGAAAAUUACAAUACCAAGAUUAGAACUUACAGCAGCAACAUUGGCAGUGAGAUUAGUCUCAAUUGUUCAAAGAGAGUUAGACUUCAAGAUUGACAAAGCAAUCUACUGGACAGACAGCACUGCGGUUUUGAGAUAUAUAAGGAAUGACAGAGCAAGAUACCACACCUUUGUUGCCAACCGUGUUCAAGUCAUAAGAGAAGCUACAGUCCCUGAACAGUGGCAUCAUGUGGAUACCAAGAGAAAUCCAGCAGACUUGGCAUCACGAGGUGUUCAGACAACUAACGAAUUGAAUAAUAGUGAUUGGUUUUGUGGACCAGGCUUUCUGUGGGAGAAGGAAGCGGAAUGGCCAGAACAGGUGAUUUCCAUGCGGAUAGAGGAGAAUGACCCAGAAGUGAAGACUAGCUGUGCAACCAUUGAGUUUGAAGACACAUCAAUUAUAGAUUCCUUAUUGACGAGAAUUUCUGGUUGGUGGAAAUUGAAGAGAGUAAUGGGCUGGGUCAUCAUUGCUAAGAACAAGUUCCUCAAGUUCAUAGGAAAACUGGAAUGCCAAUUUGAAGAAGUUGUCCAGUGCCUAACUCCAAAGAUGUUAUAUGAAAGUGAAGUAGCAGUUGUUAAAUAUGUUCAAAGGAAGGCAUACAUAGAAGAGAUAGAAGUCCUGUCCAAAGGCAAGACAGUGACAAAAAGAAGUCCUCUUUUCAAGUAUGACCCCGUGUUGACAGAUGAUGGUAUUAUUCGUGUUGGUGGACGACUGAAGAAGGCAGACUUGCUUUAUGAGAUAAAGCAUCCGAUUGUGUUACCAAAGAACUCACAAGUAUCUGUAAUGAUUGUUCGGGAUGCUCAUUCUACUGUUGGUCAUUUGGGAAGAAAUAGUAUUUUGGCGAAAGUCAGAGAGAAGUAUUGGAUAUAUGGAGCAAGUCAGUUGGCGAAAAGAGUAGCGAGAAGUUGUGUCACAUGUCAACGGUAUCACGCAGCACCAUGUGAGCAGGUAAUGGCUGAAUUACCAGCUGAUAGAGUUGUUGCAGAAGUAUCACCAUUUACAUUCUGUGGUAUGGAUUAUUUUGGGCCUUUAACUGUGCGCAGAGGGAGAUCUGACGUGAAACGGUAUGGUGUGAUUUUCACUUGUUUUUCUUCCCGAGCAGUCCACCUAGAGAUCGCGCACUCGUUAGAAACUGAUGCAUGCAUAAAUGCUAUACGCAGGUUCAUGGCCAGAAGAGGUCCUGUUAGAAGCAUCAGAUCUGACAAUGGCACCAACUUGGUUGGGUCAGAAAAGGAGUUGAGACAUGCACUUGAAGGUUUGGAUCAGUCCAGAAUGAAUGAUGUUCUGUGUGCAGAAGGCAUAGAGUGGCACUUCAAUCCUCCAGCAGCAUCUCACUUUGGCGGAGUGUGGGAGAGAAUGAUUCGUAGCAUAAGGAAGAUUUUGUACAGCCUGUUGAGAGAACAACCCCGAAUUGUUGAUGAUGAGACGCUCAGUACUUUAUUCUGUGAGGCUGAGAAUAUUGUCAACAAUAGGCCACUGACUACAACGUCAUCAGAUCCUAAUGAUUUACUACCAUUGACACCUAACAUGCUGAUUAAUCCACGAGCUCGUGCACUUAGUUCGCCUGGAGUGUUCGAGAAGAGUGACAUGUAUGCAAGAAAACGUUGGCGUCAAUCUCAGUACUUGAUAGAUGUAUUUUGGUGUCGCUGGAGAAAGGAGUAUUUAGUUACCCUGCAGCAGAGACCGAAGUGGCAGAGAAAAAGACGCAAUGUACAAGUUGGAGAUAUUGUGCUUGUUGUUGACAAGUCGGUACCCAGAAAUAGUUGGUUGAUGGGAGUAGUAGAAACAACUUUUAAGGACAAGAAAGGCGAUGUAAGAUCUUGCAGAGUGAGGACCAAGACGUCAAUCUUAGAAAGACCUGUCGCUAAAUUAUGUAUACUAGUCAAGGCAGAACUGAAUAAGUAG